AUACACUCAUAACAAAAAGAAGAAAACGUACUUGUUUUGGAUGUUGACGUUGUCGUAGCAGACAAAUGGAGAAUCUAGCUAAAGUGCACGGAGCUGCUGGUGGCUAUGACUCUGAUUUCAGUGAUGAGGAUUUACAUGGAGAGACCUUGCAUAAAGGUCAUAAACGGAAACCUGAUGAGAUCCUCCAGAAACCAUUUCGCCACAAUCCACAUUCUCAGGUGACUCAUCAGAGUUUCCAUUCUGAUGAGCUGGAUAGGGAGGAGGCCCGGAACAGAAGAGCCCACUUGAUAUCAAUGAAUGCAUUCGAAAGACAUAAAAAGUUUGUUGGUGACUACAUACUGUAUUAUGGAGGCCAGAUGAGUGACUUUAGACGCUCUGUGGGCAAUGAUAAAAACGACCUGGAUAUUUUGCUUGAGAAUCAUCGUUUUCUCUGGAGGGACGAGGAUGAAGAGGACAUGACUUGGGAGAAAGAAUUGGCCAAAAAGUAUUAUGACAAGCUGUUUAAAGAAUACUGCAUAGCUGACCUCAGCAAAUACAAGGAAAACAAGUUCGGAUUUCGUUGGCGGAGCGAAAAGGAGGUGGUUUCUGGGAAAGGUCAGUUUCAAUGCGGAAACAAGCACUGCGCAAAGGAGGAAGGCCUCAAAAGCUGGGAGGUGAAUUUCGGCUAUGUGGAACAGGGCGAGAAGAGAAAUGCUUUGGUGAAACUCAGGCUGUGUCCAGAAUGCUCUUUUAAACUCAACUACCAUCACAAGAGGAGAGAGGCCAAAACGACCAAAAACCUCCGUCAGGAGGACAAAGAGGUUUUGGAGAGGAAGAAAAGAAGAAUGUCAUCCUCCGACACCAACAGACAAGAAUGCAAGCACAAGCGAGAUCACUCCUCCUCCUGCAGUUCUGACCUAUCAAAUAAAGCAAAUAAAGACUCUAAGGCUUCUGAGGAUCAGGAGCAGGAGGGCCAAUCAGAGUCUGAUCACUGGCGAGGACCAGCCCCUGUGCUGGAGGAGAAGUCCAGGAAUGAGGAAUUUGAUCAGUACUUUGAGGACCUUUUCCUUUGACUUACACGGGAGACGCCUGUCAGCAUGAGGAACACUCUGAGGACGCAAGAUCAGCAAACCACAUUAUUACAUUGAUGUGUGGGGGACGCACUGAAUUGUCUGUCUCAACAUAUGAGCUGUUGUUAACAUGUUAACACCAAAACAAAAUGAAUGUUUUCACUUUGUGUCACCAUACUGCUUCCCAAAUGUGCUGAGAGUCUAAUGUGAUUGUGUCCUCACCUUGUUCGUUUAUGCCCUGGUCAACCUAAAUAAUCGGAGUCAUGACACUUUAGAAACAGGAGUCUUGGAUUACAGACUUCAUGAAGACCUAAUGAUCACCAAACACGACUUUGAUGUUGUUCCUGCCAUGUGUGGCGUUUAGAUGGGGAGGUGGCAUGCACAAGUGAUAAGUGGAGCGAAAUUAGCAAUGCCAGAGAGAAAAUAGAAGAAGGAUUAGCGCUCAGUGUCCCUCUGACCUAGGACAGCCGAGCCUUGAUUUCCGUUCACCAAGAGGCAAAGUGCGUGAGAUUCCUGUGAGAUUAGUCUAUGGCUUAAACAAGAAGACCCACAAUAACCUUCACUAUACUGUGUCUGGAGUCUUAACAGGAGAAGAGAUUCUGAGUGUGAUUUGUUUUAUUGUCAAGUUCAAUGUCUUGGACAAUGGGGCUUGGGACUAAAUGUUGGAAGCAUUGUUUCUUUUGAGGAAACAUGAUGCAGUGCAGCAUGUCCUCACCAUGUUUGGUUGGUUUUUUUUUUUUUUUUUUCCUCCUUGAUUAUUGUAUAUUGUUAAUUACCACACAUCAUGCAUAAGCUUUCACCUUGAGGCAAAUCCACAGAAUUCAAGUGGAAGGAACGUAGUUCAAAUAUAGACAUUUAUCCCUCUGUGUGCAGCGCAUGUGAGAUGAUGUGUCUUGUUUUACUUUCUGAACAGCAACGAUGGCAGAAACACAGCCUUUGAUUGAUCCAAUUUUAUCUUCAUGUGGGACUCAGAAACUGUGAAAAGCACCUUGUUUCUUGCUUCAACUUCUUCCAGAUCACACAGAGAAGCCAUGUCAUAGGCAUAACAAGGUGCUCUCCUUUUGUCAUGCUAGUGUGUCUGAAACGGCUAGUUAUAAGAAUGUAAACCAAAUGUAAACCAAAUGUGACUAUCUUCCAACAGAUUGAACAGAUUAAUCAUGACAAUUUCUGAAUUAUGUUGAGCCGCUCUAGAAUGACCUGUGCGAAGCUGGGAUGCAGUCACUGAAGCCACUCAGGCUAACUUGUCUUUUUUCAUCACCAAUAACAUUUCCCUGCAUGAGGGAGGGGAACCCAAUGUCAAGAGUAAAAUUUCAUGAAAUCACUGCUUUCCAUCAGGAGGUGGAACAGUUCCAGACUGAAAAAAAACCCCCAUCCAGAACAGUUUUUGCGCAUUUGUUGCGUUCAGCAAGCAGCAAGAGACACCAUGAAGUGCCUCAUGUUUGCAGGAAAUCAAGGGCUAUGUGCAGGAUUCUGCUUGCCAAGCAGAAGCAUGGAUGCUGAACUCAGCCUGACGCUGUUGUACUGCGCUGGGAUCAGAAUCAAUCCACUGAUCCGCUUUCCCUGAUGGCUCAUCCAGCUUUGGAGACUUUAAGAUCCUGGCACGAUAAUACACUAAGACUGAAUGUUGAUGCAACUAAGCUCAAAGUUCGUCUGUUGGACCGUGAUGUGUGCGUGAAGAAGAGAUCAAUUCACACCUUUGUACUUCUGUGUCAGUUUGCAGGGAAAAAAAAACACUGUAUAGAUCACUCAUUUUUAUUUGCCAGCACACAUGCGAUGACAUACAGUUUUGGGUUUGUUUGUUUUUUUUUCACAUUAAACUGACUGCAGUGGGGUAACAUACUGUGUUCACAUGGAAAGUUACAGAGAGUGACAGGGACCGCUGUGUGAAAGAGGAGCAUGUAUUAAACAAAUGUCUUUGAAGGAUUUCAAUAGUCUCCCAAGUUCACAACGAAAGGGUUCCAUGUAGUCCCUAAGCUUCCUUAGAAAGAUUAGGUUCCCUUGAUUGAUGCCCUUUGUGGCUGGCGAUGACGUAAGUGAUGUCUGGGCUGCCGAGUUGAGAGUGA